AUGGCCAACAAGUCCAAGUUUAUUGACUACAUCGAUGAAGCUCUGGAAAAAUCCAAAGAAACUGCACUUUCUCGCUUGUUUUUCACCUAUCAGGGGAUUCCUUACCCGAUCACCAUGUGCACCUCAGAAACUUUCCAAGCCUUGGACACCUUUGAAGCCAGAAGCGAUGACAUAGUGCUAGCAUCUUAUCCCAAGUGUGGUUCCAAUUGGAUCCUCCACAUCAUUAGUGAAUCAAUAUUUGCUGAUUCUAAAAAAAAGUAUGAAUAUCCAGAAUUCCCAGUUCUUGAAUGUGGGGACCCAGAAAAAUAUCAGAGAAUGAAACUGCUUCCAUCACCAAGGAUUUUGGCAACUCACCUCCAUUAUGAUAAAUUACCUGGCUCCAUCUUCAAGAAUAAAGCCAAGAUAUUGGUGAUAUUUCGAAAUCCUAAAGAUACGGCAGUAUCUUUUUUCCAUUUCCACAAUGAUGUCCCUGAUAUUCCAAGCUAUAGCUCUUGGGAUGAAUUCUUCAGACAAUUCAUGAAAGGACAAGUUUCCUGGGGAAGCUAUUUUGAUUUUGCAAUUAAUUGGAACAAACAUCUGGAUGAUGAAAACGUUAAAUUCAUAUUAUAUGAAGACCUGAAAGAGAAUCUGGCCGCUGGAAUAAAACAAAUUACUGAGUUCUUUGGAUUCUCUCUAACUGGGGAGCAGAUUCAAACGAUCUCAGCCCAGAGCACCUUCCAGGCAAUGAGAGCAAAGUCCCGGGAAACACACGGGGCGGUGGGCCCGUUCCUCUUCCGCAAAGGUGAAGUUGGUGAUUGGAAAAAUCUGUUCACUGAAACUCAGAACCAGGAAAUGGAUGAAAAAUUCAAAGAGCGCUUAGCAGGCACUUCCCUAGGAGCAAAGCUGAAGUAUGAAUCAUAUUGCCAGGCUUGA